CAGCGAUUAGAACGGGCGAGAGCUGGGCUCUGUGACCUUGGGCUGGAACUGGAACUGGAACUAAAACUGAUAAGGCGGCAACGGGUCUAGGGAAUGCGAAUGGAAAUGGUGCUGGGAAUGGAAGGUCUCAGUUGUUUGUUUGCCUGCAAGAUGUGCGCAAUGAAGCUUGCCCUGGCGGUCUGCCUGAUCCUCACCACCGUCCUGCUAAUCGGCCAAGGACACGCCAAUCCGGUCGAGGUGGAUGUGCCCGCCCCCGAUGCCAAUGACCUCGCCACCGACUUCGAGGAGGCCUCCGAGAAGAGCAUGCGUGUGGUCUCCAUCAAGGUCCGGCACAUCCAGACGGAUCCGGCUCUGUGCGAGCACACCUCGCCCCACCACCCACACCACCCCCAGUGCCACAGCUACUGCAAGCACCAAGGUCACUGGAUUGGACAGUGCAAAAAGAAGACUUGCCAAUGCUUCUCGUAGACAAGCUUCGGCUACCAUUUUUUUUUUUUAACGCUAAAAAAGCCCUUCAAUAUUCUCUCAGCACUUUCUGCAAGUUUUCCAAGAAACUCUCAUGUGUUUACGUUCCAAAUAAAAUGUAUGUUUAUUAAGUAAAAUACGUUUUUAUUCUUGACAGAGUAUAUUAAAGUAUUUUAAAUGACAAACAAUAACCUGCAUACAAGAUUUAUAUGUAUUUAAACAAAACGAGCCAAAUCACGUUUAAUAUAUGUUUAUUUCGAUUUUAUAAAUAAAUGCCUGAAGAAUAUUAUAAUUUUGC